AUGAGUAGAGUAGACCUCCUUCAACCAGAAAGAAGAAGCCUGUUGAUAGGGGCCUGUGAGCGCGGUCUUGUGGCUGCGGGCUCCGUGCCCGACAGGGACAUGGAUUUCCCUGGCCAUUUUGAGCAUAUAUUUCAACAGCUGAACUAUCAACGCAUCCAUGGCCAACUAUGUGACUGUGUCAUUGUGGUCGGUGGUCGACAUUUUAAGGCCCACAGGUCUGUGCUGGCAGCCUGCAGCACACACUUCAGGGCUCUUUUCACUGUCGCUGAUGGAGAUGCUAGCAUGAACAUGGUCCAACUGGAUAGUGAGGUGGUGACCGCUGAAGCUUUUGCUGCACUUGUGGACAUGAUGUACACCUCAACUCUGAUGCUGGAUGACCCUCAAAUGCCCAGUCAGUCUGACAGUGGACAGUGUCAAGCAGAGGGGAUGGAGGCAAUGCAAGCAGGGGUUGGCAAAGAGGAAGACUUGGAUGAUCUUGAGCCCCAGGACAACAGAGUGAUGAAAGUAAAAGUUGUAACAGAGGAAGAUGAGCCAGAAGAAAAGGCAGUUGUGGUUAAACAAGAGCCUUUAAGUUCUCCAGAGCCUGGUGAUGAAAUCAGUGAUGUGACAUCACAAGCGGAAGCCAGUGACCCAACUGAGCGUGUGGGUCAGGAAGAGGAGAAAGUAGAGCUUAGUCCAGAGAGCAGUGACUUCACCAUGGAGCCCCUGCCACGCUCAGGCUCUCGACUUCAGCCCAGUUCUCUCAAAGGCAGUAACCGUGUGAAUGCUAAAGGUGGCUUUUGCAUUUCAAGCUUUUUAGGCACCAAAGAUUAUGCAAGCAAUGGUGGGGUGCUGGGUGCAGCAGAUGACCUCCCAAACACCACAACUGGAGAAGACUGCAAGAAACACAUUCGAGUUCACACAGGGGAGAAACCCUAUGCGUGCCUCAAGUGUGGCAAACGUUUCAGCCAAUCCUCUCACCUGUACAAGCACUCCAAAACCACUUGCCUGCGCUGGCAGAACAGCAACAUGUCAAAUUCCCUGCUCUAG